GGAGGGAGGCAGCGCCGCGCUCUCGCGCCCGGUGUCUCCCUCUCGCUGCCUCUGCAGAAACAGCUCCCUGCCAGAACGGCGCUCGGCGCGGCGCGGCCCGGAGCGGCGGCGCGGGCUUCCUGCGGGCGAGCCCCAGGUGUGAGCCGCCGCUUUCCAUCCCCAGAAGCCGACCGGGCCUCGGAGCGCUCGCCCUGGGCGGGCCCGAGACGCCUCGGCCCCCUGGCGGCCUGGGGUCCGCCCCGCGCCGCGGGUCCGCUCGGCUCCCCCUCGCCUCGGCUUUGCGCCUCUUCUCUCUCCGCCUCUCCAUUUCUCAUUAUUAUUAUUAUUUUUUGUCCAAACGGUGGAGCGGCCAGAGGUGCGGUGCUAAAUUCUUGGAAGGGGCCCGGAUGUACUGAGGAUGCUUUCCAAUCUCACGAAAGGAGGCGGUAGUGGAAAGCAGCAGUUUGUGGUGUUUGGUGCAAUAAUGGGGAUCAGGUAAUCACCCCGAAGGGAGGAAGAAACACUGCGGAUUCCCGGCUUCCUCGAUUUGCGCGAAAGCCGCCGACCUCGGACGACGGAUUCCUCCCGACCCGCUUCGGGGCUGUUUUUGCAUUUCUUCCUCUUUGUGGCUUCUCCUUUCCAAGCAGUUUUUGGCCAAUGGUCAAUGAAAACACCAGGAUGUACGUUCCGGAGGAAAACCACCAAGGUUCCAACUAUGGGAGCCCACGCCCAGCCCAUGCCAACAUGAAUGCCAAUGCAGCAGCGGGGCUCGCCCCUGAGCACAUCCCUACUCCAGGGGCAGCCCUGUCCUGGCAGGCAGCCAUCGAUGCCGCCCGGCAGGCCAAGCUGAUGGGCAGUGCUGGCAAUGCGACCAUCUCUACGGUCAGCUCCACACAGCGGAAGCGGCAGCAGUAUGGGAAACCCAAGAAGCAGGGUGGUACGACCGCCACACGGCCGCCCCGUGCCCUGCUCUGCCUGACUCUGAAGAACCCUAUCAGGAGGGCAUGCAUCAGCAUCGUUGAAUGGAAACCAUUUGAAAUAAUUAUUUUACUGACUAUUUUUGCCAAUUGUGUGGCCUUAGCAAUCUAUAUUCCCUUCCCAGAAGAUGACUCCAACGCCACCAACUCCAACCUGGAACGAGUGGAAUAUCUCUUUCUCAUAAUUUUUACCGUGGAAGCAUUUUUAAAAGUAAUUGCCUAUGGACUUCUCUUUCACCCCAACGCUUACCUCCGCAAUGGUUGGAAUUUACUAGAUUUUAUAAUUGUGGUUGUAGGGCUUUUUAGUGCAAUUUUAGAACAAGCAACCAAAGCUGAUGGGGCCAAUGCUCUAGGAGGGAAAGGAGCUGGAUUCGAUGUGAAGGCACUGAGGGCUUUCCGAGUUCUGCGUCCCCUGCGGCUGGUGUCUGGAGUCCCAAGUCUCCAGGUGGUCCUGAACUCCAUCAUCAAGGCCAUGGUGCCUCUGCUGCACAUUGCCUUGCUUGUGCUGUUCGUCAUCAUCAUCUACGCCAUCAUCGGCCUGGAGCUCUUCAUGGGAAAGAUGCAUAAGACCUGCUACAACCAGGAGGGCAUAGUAGAUGUUCCAGCAGAAGAGGACCCUUCUCCUUGUGCUUUGGAGACAGGCCAUGGGCGGCAGUGUCAGAAUGGGACCGUGUGCAAGCCCGGGUGGGAUGGGCCCAAGCACGGCAUCACCAACUUCGACAACUUCGCCUUUGCCAUGCUGACAGUGUUCCAGUGCAUCACCAUGGAGGGCUGGACAGAUGUGCUAUACUGGGUCAAUGAUGCCGUAGGAAGGGACUGGCCCUGGAUCUAUUUUGUUACACUAAUCAUCAUAGGGUCAUUUUUUGUACUUAACUUGGUUCUCGGUGUUCUUAGCGGAGAGUUUUCCAAAGAGAGGGAGAAGGCCAAGGCUCGGGGAGAUUUCCAGAAGCUUCGAGAGAAGCAGCAGCUAGAAGAAGAUCUCAAAGGCUACCUGGACUGGAUCACCCAGGCAGAAGACAUUGACCCUGAGAACGAGGAUGAGGGCAUGGAUGAAGAAAAGCCCCGCAACAUGAGCAUGCCCACAAGUGAGACUGAAUCUGUCAACACUGAAAAUGUGGCUGGAGGUGACAUCGAGGGCGAAAACUGUGGAGCCAGACUGGCCCACCGGAUCUCCAAAUCCAAGUUCAGCCGCUACUGGCGCAGGUGGAACCGAUUCUGCAGAAGAAAGUGUCGUGCAGCCGUCAAGUCCAACAUCUUCUACUGGCUUGUGAUCUUCCUUGUGUUCCUCAAUACACUCACCAUUGCCUCUGAACAUUACAACCAGCCCCACUGGCUCACAGAAGUGCAAGACACAGCCAAUAAGGCCCUCCUGGCCCUUUUUACUGCAGAAAUGCUCCUGAAGAUGUAUAGCCUAGGCCUGCAGGCCUAUUUCGUAUCCCUCUUCAACCGCUUUGACUGCUUCAUCGUGUGUGGGGGCAUCCUGGAGACCAUCCUGGUGGAGACCAAAAUCAUGUCUCCCUUGGGCAUCUCUGUGCUGAGAUGUGUACGGCUGCUCAGGAUCUUUAAGAUCACCAGGUACUGGAACUCCUUGAGCAACCUCGUGGCAUCCUUGCUGAACUCUGUCCGCUCCAUUGCCUCCCUGUUGCUUCUCCUUUUCCUCUUCAUCAUCAUCUUCUCCCUUCUGGGGAUGCAGCUGUUUGGAGGAAAGUUCAACUUUGAUGAGAUGCAGACACGCAGGAGCACCUUUGAUAACUUCCCGCAGUCCCUCCUCACUGUGUUUCAGAUCCUGACCGGGGAGGACUGGAAUUCGGUGAUGUAUGAUGGGAUCAUGGCUUAUGGCGGCCCCUCUUUUCCAGGGAUGUUAGUCUGUAUUUACUUCAUCAUCCUCUUCAUCUGUGGAAACUAUAUCCUACUGAAUGUGUUCUUGGCCAUUGCGGUGGACAAUCUGGCUGAUGCGGAGAGCCUCACCUCUGCACAAAAGGAGGAAGAAGAAGAGAAAGAGAGAAAGAAGCUGGCCAGGACUGCCAGCCCAGAGAAGAAGCCGGAGGUGGUAGAGAAGAAGCCAGCGGUGGAGGAGACCAAGGAGGAGAAAAUUGAACUGAAGUCCAUUACUGCAGAUGGAGAGUCCCCACCCACCACCAAGAUCAACAUGGAUGACCUCCAACCCAGUGAAAAUGAGGAUAAGGGUCCCUACUCCAACCCAGAUGCCACAGGAGAAGAGGAUGAGGAGGAGCCUGAGAUGCCUGUGGGGCCACGCCCUCGGCCCCUGUCUGAGCUGCACCUUAAGGAAAAGGCAGUGCCCAUGCCUGAAGCCAGUGCAUUUUUCAUCUUUAGCCCCAACAACAGGUUUCGCCUCCAGUGCCACCGCAUUGUCAAUGACACGAUCUUCACCAACCUGAUCCUCUUCUUCAUUUUGCUCAGCAGCAUCUCUCUGGCUGCUGAGGACCCCGUCCAGCACACCUCCUUCAGGAACCAUAUUCUGUUUUAUUUUGACAUUGUUUUCACUACCAUUUUCACCAUUGAAAUUGCUCUGAAGAUCCUAGGCAAUGCAGACUAUGUCUUCACUAGUAUCUUUACAUUAGAAAUUAUCCUUAAGAUGACUGCUUAUGGGGCUUUCCUGCACAAGGGCUCUUUCUGCCGAAAUUACUUCAACAUCCUGGACCUGCUGGUGGUCAGCGUGUCCCUCAUCUCUUUUGGCAUCCAGUCCAGUGUGAUCAACGUUGUGAAGAUCUUAUAAGUGCUUCGAGUCCUCAGGCCCCUCAGGGCCAUCAACAGAGCCAAGGGGCUAAAGCAUGUAGUACAGUGUGUGUUUGUGGCCAUCCGGACCAUCGGGAACAUUGUAAUUGUCACCACGCUGCUGCAGUUCAUGUUCGCCUGCAUUGGAGUCCAGCUCUUCAAGGGAAAACUCUACACCUGUUCAGAUAGUUCCAAACAGACAGAGGCAGAAUGCAAGGGUAACUAUAUCACAUAUAAAGAUGGAGAGGUUGACCAUCCCAUUAUCCAGCCCCGCAGCUGGGAGAACAGCAAGUUUGACUUUGACAAUGUUCUGGCAGCCAUGAUGGCCCUCUUCACUGUCUCCACCUUUGAGGGGUGGCCAGAGCUGCUGUAUCGCUCCAUCGACUCCCACACAGAAGACAAGGGCCCCAUCUACAACUACCGUGUGGAGAUCUCCAUCUUCUUCAUCAUUUACAUCAUCAUCAUCGCCUUUUUCAUGAUGAACAUCUUUGUGGGUUUCGUCAUCGUCACCUUCCAAGAGCAAGGGGAACAAGAGUACAAGAACUGUGAGCUGGACAAGAACCAGCGACAGUGUGUAGAAUACGCCCUCAAGGCCCGACCCCUGCGGAGGUACAUCCCCAAGAACCAGCACCAGUACAAAGUGUGGUAUGUGGUCAACUCUACCUACUUCGAGUAUCUGAUGUUCGUUCUCAUCCUGCUCAACACCAUCUGCCUGGCCAUGCAGCACUAUGGCCAGAGCUGCCUGUUCAAAAUUGCCAUGAACAUACUCAACAUGCUCUUCACUGGCCUCUUCACUGUGGAGAUGAUCCUGAAGUUCAUUGCCUUCAAACCCAAGGGUUACUUUAGUGAUCCCUGGAAUGUUUUUGACUUCCUCAUCGUGAUUGGGAGCAUAAUUGAUGUCAUUCUCAGUGAGACUAAUCACUAUUUCUGUGAUGCAUGGAAUACAUUUGACGCCUUGAUUGUUGUGGGUAGCAUUGUUGAUAAAGCAAUCACCAAGGUACACCCAGCUGAACAUACCCAAUGCUCUCCCUCUAUGAGUGCAGAGGAGAACUCCCGCAUCUCCAUCACCUUCUUCCGCCUCUUCCGGGUCAUGCGCCUGGUGAAACUGCUGAGCCGCGGAGAAGGCAUCCGGACCCUGCUGUGGACCUUCAUCAAGUCCUUCCAGGCCCUGCCCUAUGUGGCCCUUCUGAUUGUGAUGCUGUUCUUUAUCUAUGCAGUGAUUGGGAUGCAGGUGUUUGGGAAGAUUUCCCUGAAUGACACCACAGAGAUCAAUCAGAACAACAACUUCCAGACCUUCCCUCAAGCUGUGCUACUGCUCUUCAGGUGUGCCACUGGGGAGGCCUGGCAGGACAUCAUGCUGGCCUGCAUGCCAGGCAAGAAGUGUGCCCCAGAGUCAGAGCCCGGCAACAGCACAGAAGGAGAGAUGCCCUGUGGCAGCAGUUUUGCUGUCUUCUAUUUCAUCAGCUUCUACAUGCUCUGUGCCUUCCUGAUCAUCAGCCUCUUUGUAGCUGUUAUCAUGGACAACUUUGACUACCUGACAAGGGAUUGGUCUAUCCUUGGUCCCCAUCAUCUGGAUGAAUUUAAAAGAAUCUGGGCAGAGUAUGACCCUGAAGCCAAGGGUCGGAUCAAACACUUGGAUGUGGUGACCCUCCUCCGAAGGAUUCAGCCGCCCCUGGGCUUUGGGAAGCUGUGUCCUCACCGUGUGGCCUGCAAACGCCUGGUCUCCAUGAAUAUGCCUCUGAACAGCGAUGGGACAGUCAUGUUCAAUGCCACCCUGUUUGCCCUGGUCAGGAUAGCCCUGAGGAUUAAAUCAGAAGGGAACCUAGAACAAGCCAAUGAGGAGCUGCGAGCCAUCAUAAAGAAGAUCUGGAAGAGGACCAGCAUGAAGCUGCUGGACCAGGUGGUGCCCCCUGCAGGCGAUGAUGAGGUCACAGUAGGCAAGUUUUAUGCUACUUUCCUGAUCCAAGAGUACUUCUGGAAAUUCAAGAAGCGCAAAGAGCAGGGACUGGUGGGCAAGCCCUCGCAGAGGAACGCACUAUCCCUGCAGGCUGGCUUGCGCACGCUGCAUGACAUUGGUCCUGAGAUCCGCCGGGCCAUCUCUGGAGAUCUGACUGCUGAGGAGGAGCUGGACAAAGCCAUGAAGGAGGCUGUGUCUGCUGCCUCCGAAGAUGACAUCUUCAGGAGGGCCGGAGGCCUGUUUGGCAACCACGUCACCUACUAUCCAAGUGACAGCAGGAAUACCUUUCCCCAGACCUUCACCACCCAGCGCCCACUGCAUAUCAACAAGACCGGAAACAACCAAGGUGACACCGAGUCGCCAUCCCAUGAGAAACUUGUGGACUCCACGUUCACCCCCAGUAGCUACUCAUCCACUGGCUCCAAUGCCAACAUCAACAACGCCAACAACACUGCCUUGGGCCACUUUCCCCACCCCACCAGCUACUCCAGCACAGUCAGCACUAUGGAGGGCCAUGGGCCUCCCUUGUCUCCUGCUAUCCGAGUACAGGAGGCAGCAUGGAAGCUCAGUUCCAAGAGGUGCCACUCACGAGAGAGCCAGGGAGCCAUGGUGAGUAGGGAGGAGGUAUUACCAGAUGAGACGUGCACGGUGCGGAUCGGUGAAGAUACUGAGUACUGCAGCGAGCCCAGCCUGCUCUCCACAGAGAUGCUCUCCUACCAGGAUGAUGAACAUCGACAACUAGCAUCUCUAGAGGAGGACAAGAGGGAGAUCCGGCAGUCUCCAAAGAGGAGUUUCCUUCGCUCUGCCUCUCUUGGUCGAAGGGCUUCCUUCCACCUGGAAUGUCUGAAGCGACAAAAGAAUCAAGGGGGAGAUAUCUCUCAGAAGACAGUCCUGCCCUUGCAUCUGGUUCAUCAUCAGGCGUUGGCAGUGGCAGGCUUGAGCCCCCUCCUACAGAGAAGCCAUUCCCCUACCACAUUCCCCAGGCCAUGCCCCACGCCCCCUGUCACUCCAGGCAACCUGGGCAGGCCCCUGCAGCCCAUCCCCACCCUACGGCUGGAGGGGGCUGAGUCCAGCGAGAAACUCAAUAGCAGCUUCCCAUCCAUCCACUGCAGCUCCUGGUCUGAGGAGACCACUGCCUGUAGUGGGGGCAGCAGCAUGGCCCGGAGAGCCCGGCCUGUCUCCCUCACUGUGCCCAGCCAGGCUGGAGCUCCUGGAAGACAGUUCCACGGCAGUGCCAGCAGCCUGGUGGAAGCGGUCUUGAUUUCUGAAGGACUGGGGCAGUUCGCUCAAGAUCCCAAGUUCAUCGAGGUCACUACCCAGGAGCUGGCUGAUGCCUGCGACAUGACGAUAGAGGAGAUGGAGAAUGCCGCAGACAACAUCCUCAGUGGGGGCACCCAGCAGAACCCCAAUGGCACCCUCUUACCUUUUGUGAACUGCAGGGACCCCGGGGAGGACAGGGCUGGGGUCCCGGAGGACGAGAGCUGUGCAUUUGCCCUGGGCCGGGGCCGCAGCGAGGAGGCGCUCGCGGACAGUAGGGCCUUCGUCAGCAACCUGUAGACCCCAGGGCUGGCAAGACGCGGGUGUUUUUUAUUCGUUUCAAUGUUCCUAAUGGGUUCGUUUCAGAAGUGCCUCACUGUUCUCGUGACCUGGAGGUAACCGGAACAGCGUCUUCAUUCACUGCUGUCGGGACAAGCCUCAGAGUUGGGCGGUGUGCAGAGUCGGCUUUUCAGGGGAGGAGGCCAAGGUCUCGGGGUGCAAGGCUCCAGCACCUUCCCGAGGCAGCACCGCCCAAAGGACCCCGAAGCAAAAGGGUGUUUUCACCUUGCUUGUAUAAACAGUCAUUUGCACAUGUUCUGUCUGAGCCUGGCUGUCUCCGUGGAGCCAGGGCCCCGGGUUUUGCGGAGGGAAGGGGCCAGCACCCCCAGCAAGGGCUGUGGAGGGCGAGAACGAGGCUCCUGGGUGCAGGCCUAGCCCAGGUCGCCCUGCAGGAGCCAGAGCUACCCAGGGGCUGGAGCUAGGGUAAAGGCACCACCCCCGCCCUCAGCUAGCCAAGCCAGGGGGUGCAGCCUGCUGCUGGGCGCUCUGGAUUACACGGUUUGAUGGGUUUCUUGUCAGCAUGUUGCGGUUUUCUGGGUUUUGGUUUCUUACUUUAUUAUUAUUUUAUUUGAUGUGCUUUCCCACGCGGAGGGGAGGAAGAAGAGCAUUUACAAUUGCGCAUCCACACUGUUACCACUUUUGCGUAUGUAAGUCAGAUUUGGUUUUACUAUAUUCUUUAAAUGGUGCGGUUUCCUUUCCGUUUUUUCCUGGAGUGAGGAUUCAAUGGAAAUCACCACAGGAGAGUUUUACUAACUUCUCUGUGUGCCCAAUAACUUGUUAUGAUUUCUUUAGGUGGCAGCCUUUUUUUUUUUUUUUUCUUUCUGGUUUGGUUGAACUUUAUAAUUCCCAGGUAAUUGGCAAUGCGCUUGAUAAGUUGUUGCACACUUGGGCAACUGAACUGGGCUCCUUUCUAUGCUGGGUGUGUGGGUAGAUUCAAGAGAGAAGAAUCAGAAUCUGUGUGUCACGUGUGUCCGUAGCGGGCCAUCUGUGUGUAUGUGCACCCACACAGUGUGCCCAUACACACGAAGGAUGGAUCCCCCUUUCUGGUUUGACUGCAGGGAGGUCUGAAUCUGGGGCUACCUGAAAACAAAACAAACCACUGUCUCUGCUUCUGCUUCUGAAACGAGAAUCAGUAACUGCAUUUUCUGUCCCACAAGAUAUGCAAAAACAAUGCAAUAAUAUUCAUUUUAAAAAUACAGUUGUGAGUUGUGUCAGCAUUAAAAUUAUAUUUUAAAAAAAAACACAAAAUUUAAGGGAAAAACUCAAGAAGACAUUUUGCUUCAAUAUAUUCCGUGUAAUGUUUUAUUGCAUUGAUGAUGUUUCUGUUGAAGAAACUGUUAUACUUGAAUUCAGGUCAGUUUCAGUAUUUUUCAAAUAUUUUUUUAAAACUGAAUUGCAAUUGUGCCAAGCGAAUAUAAUGACUUAAGUUUGUUUUAAAAUUCACUUCUUGUAUAUUUUCCUGCAUGUAAAGUAAAUCAUUUUGUAUUUGGAGUGUGAGAACAAGCUUUACCUUUGAACUCGUAAGUGCUUUUCUAUAUGUGGUUGGGGAGAAGAUUUGUUUUUCUUUAAUUUGCAAAAUGAACAAAAGUGUACCCAGUGUAAGUCUGUACUCCACUUUCCAUGGGCAGAUUUGGACAGUACCGUUUUGCAUAUCUUGUGUUUUAUUUCUGUUUCCCUUAAGCUUUCUAAGACCUUUGGUAGGAAUAUCUGUACAACAUCUUGCUUUGAAAGAUUAGGACAUAGUUCAUCCAGGUCUUCACCUGCUGCCUUCUACUGCAGUUCUGUGAUGGAUACUUGUCCAACAGCAGCAUCAGCCCCUGUGGAAGAGGUAGCUGGCUUUCCCAAGCACUCCCACAGCACACACUUCUGGACUGAGAGGGUCAAGUGAAGAGGCUGUGAAGUGGCGGGACAGAUUUUGACCCAUGGUCUACCCAAACACAGAUACCAGGGGCUAGAGAAAGGUGACUGGGUGGAACCUUAGUCCUUCUAGAAGCUACUUUCUGUGGGCCUUUCUUCAUCCUUUCCUUCUUCUAACACAGGAAGGCAGUGAAGGAAGGGAUCUUGACAAAGGAGGGAGCAUCUGGAUCUCACAGGGAUGGAAGUAACAGAUGAUGUAAGGGUCAUCUCUUAGGCUCAUCCGCAUCUACCUUCAGCAUCCCUUAUCACUGGUGCCAGGUUCUUCAAUUGUGUCAGCGAUGAUGAUUGAAAAGAGAGUGCUUUGGGGAAAUAAGCCUCAACCCUUCAUCCAACCUUUUUUUUUUUUUUAUUACCUUAGCUUGCUAGAAAUUCCAGAGAGGGGCAGUCUAUUCCUCGAUGAAGAUGAAUCUACUUCCAUGGGCUGAUUCAUGAAAAUGCAUAGAUAUGCACCCAGUGCUCCCAGGUUAGGUCUAGCAGCAGUGUUUCUUCUUGGAUUUCCAAGCACCAUCCAUCCAACAUUUGUGCUUCCUUUGUGGUACCAACAAGGGCUUCUAGAAAUUAAGGCAACAUGCCAUGCCAUGUCUGUUCCCCAAAGUUCUACCACUGUACUGCCGAGACUUCAGUUUUGUUGGAGAGAGGGCCCUUUCGACUAGAUAUCUGGUUUUUUAAUACAUUUAGCCCCUAGGGAAAUGUGGGCUUUUGACUGACCCUACACCUAGGCAUACACACUCUGCACAUUCAGUCGUCUCAUGAUGCCUUCUGUUUUCCUUUGGACCCUUUAAUUUCCAUUGUCAGGUUCUAUCGGCAUAUGCUGUAGGCUGAACUCCAGCCAGCCACACCCAGGGCUCUGCCCAAUGUGGUUCCCUCACCCUUCAUCAGUCACCCACAGGCUGCCUUUCCUCGAUGGCCACGAAGACCAGAGUAGCUUUCAUUCAUACCCCAUACCCUGCAAAAAUGACAUCUGCAGGCAUUUACCCUUUGCCUUUUGUUACUAGAUGGAAACAAGGUACAGUGGAUGGUGUGUCUUUCACAGCUUGAUUUCAAGACUACCUACUAUAAGAUUCACAUGUGCUCCCUGGCACCAAGACAGAGUUGAACAAUGAGUGGCAAAGUCAGUGGACAUCUUCACUAGACUGUCCACUCUCUACCUAACAUGGAAUUUUCCCCAUGACUGUGUCAAACAUAAUCAUCAAACCUUCUGUAGUCCUCCGACACUCUGAAUGGCAAGAGAAUCAACCCAUGGCUGAGGGCCAAAGGUUGUGAAGGACUGUAGAUCAUGUGCUUAUUUGGAAAAAGUCCAUUUUCAUUUGUCCUCUGACUAGCUGUCUCUUUUCUUUCCCUGAUCUUUUAGUACCUUUUCAUGUGCAUGGCCAUAUUACGCUGACAGACCUCUGGUUGUCUCCCUUCUCCCUGAUCCUGCAAGGCCCUUUGUGUCUUCAGGUUAAAAGAAAGCGGCUUUCCUCAGGUCAAGGUUGUAUCUUUUACUCUUCUCUGGUCCCCUGGUUCUAAAUUCUAGAUUUUUGCAUAGAGGGAAGGUGCAUGUUCCUUUCUUCCAGUCCUCGACCAUCCAGAGCUCCUGAUGACCCAGCUGAACCCAGUAGGCAGCCACUGGAGUCCCCUUCCUAUACUAACAUCAGCAUGCUUCUGAGAAGUAGGAAUGAGGAAUACUCUGGGAGUCAACAGAAGGAAUGUGGUUGUUUUACAAAGGCCAGGUGACACACUACCACUACUCCUAAAGAAAGAUAACAGGAAUCCAGGUCAGGUAUGGGGUAAAAUCUGGCCAUCGGGGUUUUUAUGCUCAUUAAGGCCAUGCUGCAAAUGGUGUCAAAGAGGAUGGUGGCCCUUCCACCCUGCGACCUGGAACGAAGUGUCUUCAUUUAGGAACUAGAGACAAUUCAACAAAGGGCUAAGAAAGAAUUGUCUGACCUUCAGAAAAGCCACUCAAGCCUCAGGGCAGACAAAACUUGCUGUGAGUGUUCUGGCUGAUUCUACUUUUCCACAAAGCCCAGCUCUGGGGCAAGUGUCAUCACAGAGAGAACCAGGGGGAAGUAGGAGUCAGGAAAGGCAUGUCUUGACCACUCAGAGUCAGUUAUGUGGAAAGCAGCAGUUACCCCAUUGCCAGCCUUGGGAAGAGGCUGACGGGCUCCAGAAUCUGCUUUGGAAGAUAAGAAAAAUGAACUCUAACCCUAGGUGUUUUCCCAGCCAAAUCAACCCAGCAAGAUGGAUCAAGGAGUGGCCUUGCCCUACUGUGUGAGGCCCCUCCACGGUAUUUGCCAAAGAGCCCCAUUGGGAAGUAAAGAGGCCUGGGUCUCACAAAGCCCAUAUUCUCCAGCAGCUGCCUGUGGAGAAACAUCUAGAAAGUCCAAGGGAAAAGGUGCCCUACCUAUGAUGGGCAGUAACAGGCAAUCGCCCCCUCCAUAGGCAUUUUCUGUCUCCUUCCUCCUUGAGCCCAGGGAGGGGGACAGAGAGUUGGAGGGAAUCCUUUGCAGAUUCUUAGUUUAUUUGUAAAUCUACUUCCGGUUUUCACUUUAUUAUUUUUCAAAACAAUGAGACAUCUGUGGUGUCUAGAACCAAAAUAAUAGGUCAGAAGGUUUCUGCCAGAUCUCCACAUCGUUAGGGAGACAACUGAAUGCCACACACACCCCAACACACAUACAUACACACACACACACACACUCACACACACGCACAUAGAGUAAGGCACAAGUACUAGGGUUGAUUUCUACAUAGUGAUUUUUUUUUUCCAUAGAAGGGGAGAACUGGUAUGUGUAUCAAACCUGUGCCUGGUGGCCAGGGCUAUCCUAGAACAACUAUGCAGCCAGUAUAUUUGCAGGUGAUGUCAUAUUGAAAUGUCAAAGUGUGGGCAUCCCUUGAGGGACACCUGGAGAAAACUAGAGCAACUUCCUUUGGUGGAAAAGGUACUAGUAUUCAUCAACAGUGAAAAAGUGCUACCACUUCUAAAACUCUUCCUUUUCCUCCAACAGUCUUAAGAGGUUUGAGUCACACAGUACAUGAAGUAGUAAAGAACCUGGCCUUCCUGGUAUCUUAGAAAAACCUUUUAAUCUAUCUCUGAAAGGGAAUUAGAGAAUGCAGUUGAAUAUGUCAAACAUUACAAACCAAUACUGAGAACAGAGUCUGAGUUGAGAUUUUUCUGUUACAUUUCUCUUGGGUCUCCACUAACAAUAAGGAAGACAAAAUCAGAUAAAAUUCAAUGAAAAGUUGAAAUGUCACAUCACCAGAGUCAAAUCCUGUGUGUUCAGAUGCUCACUGCUUUAGAGGUAUAACCUCAUCCCCUGUGGGGCAUUUCAUGCACCCCAGUUUUCAGAAUCUAAAUGAUUUGAUGUAUAAAGCUUCCAGAAUAGGUAACAUGCUGCUUAACCUGGCAUAAACCAGAGAUUUACUGCCAAUUCACCUAAAAACUCACUCGUGCAACUUCUGGCAGGGUCAUUAUCAGAGAUGACACUGAGAGAAAGUGGGUGCAGAAACUCAAAGGGUAAUUUCUUUUUUUUUUUUUGCUUUUUUUUUUUUGCUUUGCCUUUUUUGUCGGGGCAGGGAGUGGCUGAUGCUGUGGGUUGAGCCUAGGGCUUUGUGGAUGCUAGGCAAGCACUUUAGCUUUUAUUUUGAGACAGGGUUUUAUUAAGUUGCCCAGGCAAGCCUUAAACUCACUGUGUAGUCCAGGCUAGCCUUAAACUUUAGAUCUUCCUGCCUCAGCCCCCCAAGUAGCUGAGAUCCCCCGUGAGAGAAACUCUGGAAUGUCUACAGGCCUAUGCCACUAGAUAUGACUCAGAGGAUAAUUUCCAAGUGAGGAAAUGCAGAAAUGGUCUUGGAGAGUCCCUGUGCCCGUAUUCUGAGAGCCCUCAAACUGGCAAAUAUGGAAGGAGAAAGUAAGUAGGCACCAGGGAAAGCUUGGCCUGGAAACUAAAGGUGAGGGUCUAGAUGCCAUUGGUGAAGUCUCUCCUAAGCCAUUAGCCAGGAGAACAGGAAAAGAGACUCCUUCUUGUAGUCAGGAGGAAUACAAGUGGAUGGGCCUCUACACCAAGACUUCCCAACAUGGAGAAGCCACACCAAAGUUAAGCUAGGGGGAAAGCCUCCAGAAUUAAGGACAGAUGAUUGGAAGCUCUGUGCAGAAAGCUCCUCAGAAGACAGCACAGUGAUCCAAAUAGAGUGGACACCUUUCUGUUCUCACACAGCACAUACCCACAGCUGCAUACCAUCCCCCAGACUCAAAUCCCACCUCUCAGCCCUCCUACCAGACCACACACUCCUGUCCUGUCCUGUCUGAGCACACGCCAUCUGCCCACUGCCCAGAAAUAGGCAUGGGUGACAGAGAAUACCUGGGUUAGACACAUCUGUUGAUAACUGUCAAGAACAACCUGUGGAAAAACAAGUCCGAGAAAUAAGGUGGCAGAUCCCCUGUGAGUGAAACUCUGGAAUGUCUAUCACUUUCGGAAUAUUGCUCUUUUAUUUUAAUCUGCCAGUGCUACUAAGAAAAACUUUCUUCCAUGUAAAAGGGUCCAGAUAAAGCCCGUCCUUCCCUCCGUUCCCCAUGUCUCUACUCAGUCCACUUUUAUGUCCCCAACGAAACCUGUGUCAUGUGCUGUGCCUGUUCCCAGAGAGGCAUGGAAAGACGGGCAGGCUUCUACGUCACUCAUAUCCACCUGCACACCCCACACCUGCCCCUCCAGGCUCCACGAUACCACAGUCUGACUGUUGUAAAUACUGUUGUACAGUUUGUAAUCAUCAAAUAAUCCUGUUGUCAAAGGCCCUGCCUGCUGCGCCUUCUCCCCCUUGAGCAAGGCCAGGGAAUCUAGAAGGGAAACUUCCAGGAGAGACUCAGGGUCAUCUCUGCAUGAGACGCUGCUGUAUAUUCCUGUAAGAUUGCAUUUUUAUCUAAGGAAUGAUGUUAUUUAAAAAACAAACAAAAACGCAAAAAAGAAUUGCAAAUAAAUUUCUUAACAACGUC